AUGGAUAUUCACUGCAAAGCAGACCCCUUCUCGGCGAUGCACCGGCAUGGGGGUGUGAACCAGCUAGGCGGGGUGUUUGUGAACGGCAGACCCCUUCCCGACGUGGUGAGGCAGAGGAUCGUGGAGCUGGCGCACCAAGGAGUACGACCCUGUGACAUCUCCAGACAACUACGGGUCAGUCACGGCUGCGUCAGCAAAAUCUUAGGCAGAUACUACGAGACGGGCAGCAUCAAACCGGGAGUUAUUGGCGGAUCGAAGCCAAAGGUUGCUACUCCAAAGGUUGUGGAUAAAAUCGCCGACUACAAGAGACAAAAUCCUACCAUGUUCGCUUGGGAGAUCAGGGAUAGACUGUUAGCUGAGGGCGUCUGCGACAACGACACAGUUCCAAGCGUUUCAUCAAUUAACAGGAUCAUUCGGACUAAAGUCCAGCAGCCUUUCCACCCUUCCCCAGAUGGGACCUCCCUCUCCGGUCCAGGACACACCAUAGUUCCAAGUACAGCCUCCCCGCCUGUGUCUAGCGCGUCCAAUGACCCAGUGGGGUCCUACUCCAUCAACGGCAUUCUGGGUAUUCCCCGCUCAAAUGGAGAAAAGAGGAAACGAGAUGAGGAUGGCUCAGAUGGCUCUGGCCCAAACAGUGAUUCUCAGGGUAGUGUGGAGAGCUUGCGGAAGCACCUGCGCGCCGACGCCUUCACGCAGCAGCAGCUAGAGGCUCUGGACCGGGUCUUCGAGCGGCCGGCCUACCCUGACGUCUUCCAGACCUCGGAACACAUCAAGCCCGAGCAGGCGAAUGAAUACUCCCUACCGACACUGAACGGUGGGCUGGACGACGUGAAGCCGAGCUUGUCCUCCAACGCCAAUGCGGAGCUGGGGCCGAGUGUGUCACAAAGCUACCCUGUAGGUCGGGAUAUGGCCAACACAACCCUACCUGGGUAUCCCCCUCACGUACCCCCCACCGGCCAGGGCAGCUACCCAACAUCAACGCUUGCUGGAAUGGUUCCUGGGAGCGAGUUUUCGGGAAACCCCUACAGCCAUCCACAGUACACAACAUACAAUGAAGCCUGGAGGUUCAGCAACCCAGCAUUACUAAGUUCCCCUUAUUAUUAUAGUGCCGCAUCAAGAGGUUCCGCACCUCCCACUGCUGCCACUGCCUAUGACCGUCACUAG